AUGAUACUUAGACUUGAAACGCUCAAUGUUGGAUCACUGACUGGCCGCAGCAUGGAAAUUGCAGAAAUGCUCGAGCGUAGAAGGAUUGACAUCUGCUGCUUUCAGGAAACCCGAUGGAAAUCGAAUGGUGUCUGUCAUGUCAACUCAGACAAAGAAAAAUAUAAACUAUUCUGGAAUGGUCAAAAGACGGCCAAAAAUGGUGUUGGAAUUUUUGUCAGAGAACCGCUAGCCCAAGAAGUACUGGAUAUUAAAAGGAUUAAUUCACGUCUCAUGUGGAUCAAGCUUUGCAUAGAAAAGCAAACAAUGGUUAUUUUUUCUGCAUACGCACCACAGACAGGCGAAUCAGAAGAGAUGAAAAAUGACUUCUGGACUGCAUUCUCUGACACCAUCUCAACAAUACAAAAAUCUGAAACAAUCCUGAUUGGAGGCGAUCUCAAUGGCCACGUUGGAGAGAAAACAGAUGGUUUUGACAACGUACAUGGCGGUUUUGGCUAUGGAAAACGGAAUGAAGAUGGCAACCGCAUUCUUGAGUUUGCUGAAAUUAUACCUGGCGAAUCAUGUGUCGCCCAACAUAGACUUCUUGUGGCAGACCUGGUUGUCGAACUGUCAAAACAUAAGUCUAAACAAAUGCCUCGGAGAAUCAAAACGUGGAAGCUGAAAAGCAAUAUUCAUCGAGAAAAAUUUCAACAGAUCGCCGCAACACAGUUAGACCACCAAUCGCAAGCCAGUACAGAUUGGAGUACAUACAAAACCGUUUUGAUGAACGCUGCAACUACAGUUUGUGGGGAAAACUGGUACAAAACGUCAGCAUGA